UGGCUGCAGGUCUAUGUUUAGCCUCUGAAGAACACCCUCCACCCCCGCACCGUCGCCACCACCGCCCACCCGCCGACGGCCAGCUGAUCUUUGUCGCACGUAAGCGCCGUCGUGUCGUGGCCCCGCCCCGCUUCCUAUGGAGGAUUUAUUUAUUUUCUCCUCCGUCUCCUCCUCCUCUGCCGCCGCCGCCGCUGCGUCCAUUAUCACCGAGACGAAAUCAGGAAUCCUCGGCGAAGCAAAGCGACGACCGCAGGCCGAGCUGACCGACUCGGAGUGAAGGAUGAGAGCCGAGCGCGGGGCGCAGAGCCGACCGGAGCCGCCGCUGAGCACCGGAGGAGGCAACAUGGACAGGGACUAAACAGGCAGGAGGACUCCGCUGCGCCUGUCGCGGCUCGCGGUCGGGAUGUCUGGAGCGGCCGGGCUCACGCCGCCCACCGGGGCCGGACCGGAGCUGCCGGACCUGAGCCAUCUGACCGAGGAGGAGCGGAGGAUCAUCCUCUCCGUGAUGGAGCGACAGAAGAAAGAGGAGGAGAAGGAGCAGAGCAUGCUGAAGGAUGAGGAGGAAGUAAAACCUCCCCCAGCUUCGUGGAAUCCCUUCUCAGGGUUCAGUCAGUUGGUCAAUAAUGUUGCAGCCAAUGUGUCCGAAGUUCUGCAGGUUAAAAGUCCCACUGACAACGGGUCGCAGACGAAGUUACAUCAACAGUUUGAAAUGUAUAAAGACCAGGUCAAGAAGCUGGGGGAGGAGCCUCCUGCAGCUCAAACGGCGAGGGCGGAGUCUCCCACCUGUGGCAUCUGUCACAAAACAAAGUUUGCUGACGGCUGCGGCAGAGCCUGCUGCUACUGUCAAAGUCGUUUCUGCGCUCGCUGUGGUGGGCGUGUCCCUCUACGAGCCAAUAAGGUAAUGUGGGUGUGCAACGUGUGCAGGAAGCAGCAGGAGAUCCUAACCCGGUCUGGAGAGUUUUACCCGAAUGCCUCCCCUCCACACGCACCAAUACAGGGAGCGCCGGGGCCCAUGGGGCCCCUGAGUAACGGAGCUACAGAUCAGAGGCGGAGCCCCUCGGCCUCGUAUUACGAUGGUGGCGGCAGGAUGCCUCGCUCGCCUUCUGACCAUGGUCUGGAUCGCCGCACCCGCUCGCUGCACAGCUACCAUGGCAAUGGCGAGGAGGAGCUACGCGUCCAGAGGCGACCGAUCAAAGACAGGCGAGGCCGCUGGCACUCACAGGACCAUCCCUUGGACCCGGUUCUUGUGGACCGUGAACUUCGACGUCGGCAAGAGGAGGAGUUUCAAGCACGCUAUCGAAGUGACCCCAAUCUUGCUCGUUACCCGGUGAAGCCACAGCCGAGCGAGGAGACCAUGAGAAUGCUGGCUCAGGUGGGCAGGGUCCGCCACCAGCGUCGGCACAGCGACGUCUCCCUGGCCGCUGCAGAACCUGAACACCUCAACCUGAGACACUCAGCUGUCCGCCAGAAUCGACCUCAGGGAAUUAUGGGGUCUGGAGGUCAGAGGUCUUUCUCGGUUGACAGGGCGUCUAAUCACCUCAGCCCUACGUCUCCACGCCGCAGCCCUCUGCCACAGCAGCUCCUGGACCCAAGCUCUGCCCUUAAGAGGAAACCCGCGAACGAGAGCAUGGCACAGAGAGGGAGGAUGAUGGGAAAAAUGCAUGUGAUUGGUAGCUUCAGCAGUUCAGAGGAGGAGCUGCUGACCACACCUGAAUACACCAGCUGUGACGAGCCAGACAGAGACAUGGAGAGCCAAUGGUGGGAUUAUGGUACCUGGCAUGGCGAACCUGCACCUAUGUCUAUGCAGCCAGUCACGUGGCAGCCAUCCAAAGAUGGGGAGCGUCUGAUUGGUCGAAUCGUCCUGAACAAGAGGAUGAAGGACGGGACGGUUCCUGCAGACACAGGAGCUCUGCUGGGACUUAAGGUUGUUGGUGGGAAAAUGACUGAGUCCGGUCGUCUGUGUGCAUUUAUAACCAAAGUGAAGAGAGGAAGUCUUGCAGACACUGUUGGACAUCUGAGACCAGGUGAUCAGGUUCUGGAGUGGAACGGUCGGGUACUUCAAGGAGCCACGUUCAAUGAGGUCUACGACAUCAUCAUGGAGUCCAAACCAGAACCGCAGGUGGAGCUCGUGGUUUGCAGACCGAUUCGAGAUGUUUCAAGAGCAGCUGAUGCCUCCAGUGUUCACCUGGACUCUAGCUCCAGUUCCUUCGACUCUCAGAAAGUUGGCCCGUCUAUCUCCGUCACGUCUCCAAUGAGCCCCAGCGUUCUAUCAGGACAAGUCUCUAGUGUAAACAGAUGUCCUCUGGUUCCCAGGAUUCAGAUCAAGCUGUGGUAUGACAAAGUUGGUCAUCAGCUGAUCGUCACGGUCCUUGGAGCUAAAGAACUUCCUGUUCGGGAUGAUGGACGACCGAGGAACCCAUACGUCAAGAUCUACUUUCUGCCGGACAGAAGUGAUAAGAGUAAACGCAGGACAAAGACAGUGAAGAAGUCUCUGGAACCUCGCUGGAAUCAGACCUUCAUGUAUUCCCCGGUGCACCGGCGUGAGUUCAGAGAACGCAUGUUGGAGCUAACUGUCUGGGACCAGGCCAGGGUCCGAGAAGAGGAAAGCCAGUUCCUGGGAGAGGUCCUGAUAGAGCUGGAGUCUGCGCUGCUGGAUGAUCAGCCUCACUGGUACAAGCUGCAGCUUCAUGAUGUUUCCUCUGUGCCGCUGCCCAAUGCCUCCCCCUACCUGCAGAGGAGGGGGCUGCAGGCGGAGCCCUCCCAGAGCAGCAGGAGGCUUCAGAAUAAAGGUCCUUACUUUAACUCAGGAUCACAGAGGAUCAGUGACAGCGAGUUUUCAGAUUACGACUGUGAGGAUGGCAUCGGUGUGAUCUCAGAUUACAGACAAAAUGGGCGGGACUUCCACAGCUCCACCCUUUCAGUGCCCGAACAGGUGAUCUCGUCCAAUCAUUGCUCUCGAUCUGAGCUGGUUAGGAGGUCCCGGUCGCCAAGUCAACCUCCUCCACAAAGCGGUAACCCUCUGUAUCCGUUGUACCGGGAGGAUGCAGUGCGGCUGCUGCGAGGCUCCAAACUGAAUCGCGCGUACUCUGACGCCACUCAGUAUAGCAGUCUCGACAGGCGACACCUGAGGAGAAUGUCUGUUGCCAACUCUCUUGAUUCCUACGACAGAUACUUUAAUGGUCCACAACAGACCUGGACAAACCAUGUAAUGAAUGGGGGUGGUGAGGAUUACAGUCAGGACUUCAUCCCAGACUUUCCCUUUGAGCCAGAUGCUUAUGAUGAGGAGCUGCUAAGGUACAGCAGGGGGAUGGAUCGGAAGGAUUACUACAGCCGCUCUCGCUCUGCAGACCAGCGGGCCAUGGCCGACAGACCCGUGUAUGAGCGGUCUCACUCCACAGACCGAGCUGACUCCUCCUACUUUAGGUCUGGCCGCUCUGCCCCCCCUUCACCUGCACUAAUCAGGGCGAACGCCCGCGUUGGAUCCAACAUGACCAGUCCGACCGGAACCACAGUCUUCCCUCGGCGAGGACGCCAGCUUCCUGUUGUCCCGCCAAAAGGAGCUCUUGAUCGAAAUGGAGAACCUUUUGACUCUGUACAGACAGUUUCGGCCACAACAACUUCAGGACCACAAUCAGCCGCCCCACCCCCUCCUCCUCAUGAAAUCACUCCCCCCAUUCAGAAACAGAUAUCUUCUCUAGUCAAUCACCAACAGCCUCCCCUUAUACGAAUUCAGGGACCCCCAGCUCAUCCACCUUCCUCCCACCCUAUGCAUCCAACUCCUUCACCUGCACCCCCACCAGUACGCGCACCUGUGCCUGGACUCACACCCCAACUCAUACGCCCAUCUGUGCCUCCACCCACAUCUUGUCCUCCUCAUGCCCUCGGCCCUAGACCUGCCCCUUCCCCAGCACCCGCAGCCCCAGCAGCACCUUUAAAUGCCCCCAUUUCUGUCCCGACCCCUGCAGCGACCCCAGCCCCCCCUCCUCCUCCUGCUCCUGUUCAGCCUCCGCCUCCUGUUGUCCAACCCCAGCCACCUCCUGAACCAACCCCGCUGCCUACACCUGCCCCAACACCUACACCCGCCCCGUCCCCAGCACCCUCACCAGCCCCGCCCCCUCAGACUCCAGAUACAGAGAGACGCUCAGCUACACCUGGAGGGACCAGAAAAGAAGUCACAUGGGAGGACCAGCAGAAGAAAACACCAAAUGGAGACGUUUUAACGGCGAGCAAAGAAGGUGUGAUGAAGGACCCCACUAAGAUGAGGGACAGUCUGUCUUUUAAAUCAUCGGACAGUGACGUCAGUGAUGUUUCGGCCAUGUCCAAUGCAUCUGAAACCAGAACCGCGCUCAAAAUCAGUAAGGGGGAGUCUUUGGAGGGCCAGUCGGUGGAUCUGGGGGCAGAAUCAGAGGGGGCUCAGGAGCUAGAAGAAGCAGCAGAGGGUGAGGCAGCGCUUCACAAGAGCGAGUCGGUGGAGGAGGGACUAGAGAAGGAGGCUGAGUCUGCAAAGGCGGCCCCUACUGCCGGUGCAACCCUCACAAAGUCCUCUAGCGUUGGUGGAGAGAUUUGCUCAUUAGGAAGAAAUGAUGACGAUGAUGACGACAAGAAGCGACGCUCCAGCUUUGGGGCAAAGAUGAUGGGAAUGGUUGGACUGGGAAAGAAGAGUCAGAGCGCAUCCCAGCUUAAUCCAGAAGAGGAGGAGAAGAAGAAAAAGGUGAUUAGACUUCCUGUCCAGAGGAGCGUAGAAACUGGUUUGGCCAUCGAGUUUAAGUCCCGAUUCACCCGACAGCCUAGCAGAGAUCCAGAUGCGGAGGAUCCCAAACCAGGAGCUCUGAUAUUCCCAGGAGUCAAGUUGGCAUCAGAUAAGCAGUUCACAGGCUUCCUGGAGGGAUUAGGUCCUGGCCAAUUGGCUGGACGACAGACUUUGGCCACACCCCCCAUGGGGGACAUCCAGAUUGGGAUGGUCUACAGGAAGGAGCGGCUGGACGUGGAGGUGAUUCGGGCCCGGGGCCUUGUUGGGAAACAGGGCAAUAAGAACACUCCAGCUCCGUAUGUGAAGGUGUAUUUAAUGGAUAAUGGGAAAUGCGUGCUGAAGAGAAGGACGCGUCUGGCAAGAAAAACUCUGGAUCCACUUUAUCAGCAGCAGCUACAGUUUGAGGAAAAUCCUGAAGGAAAAGUGCUACAGAUCAUCGUUUGGGGCGACUACGGUCGGAUGGACCAUAAAUCCUUCAUGGGAGCUGCUCAAAUCCUGUUGGAUGAUUUGGAUCUCUCCAACAUGGUGAUUGGCUGGUUUAAACUGUUUCCUGCCACCUCACUGGUGGACCCGGCUUUGGCCCCGCUGACUAACAAGGAGACAGAAGGCGCCAAAUCAUAGCAUCAGGAGACGGGACCGACUGUGUCGUCGCAUUAAACGGGCCAAGAGCGAGUGGGAGGGGACAAAUGGUCGCUGAGUCCAGUGAUCCUCCUGUGCUCCUGCAUGCUGCAUGAUGAUGUCACAAUGAUGACGUACCAGUGUCAUGAAGAAGUCAUCGGGCGGAGGGAGGCUCCACCCCUCGACGGGGAGAGGACAGGACGGGUUCGGCAAAAGAUGCUUUGAAAAGAGAGGCCAAAAGACUUCUAGCUGCCAGCCAAUCACAAUAGAUCCUCUGAGUCAUGUGACAGGAGGCGAAAUUAGGAAGCUGGAGACUCAGUCUGUCACCUCAGUUUCCAUUGAGAUGCAGGAACAUGGAGGUCUGCUGCUGUACGUUUUUGCAUGGGACGACAAAAUGAUUAGAAAAAAAAAAAAUCUGAAACAUCAGCAGGAAAAAAAAAAUGUUACAACACCGGAACGUCGCCUGAAAACUGGAAAAUAGUUCUUCUGAUCCAUCAUUCAUGUUUUUGUAAGAUAUCCCUGACAUUUCAGCGUUGUCACAAACAGCUAAUUUUUCAGAGAUUACAUAACGUGACUUUAGAUUCAUGAUGGUUCUCUAAAACAUUGUCAGUCCUGUAAAGUUUAAUGUUCUGCUGCUAUGCCUGCUACAGCCUUGUUUUAAAAAAACUGGGAUGCUGUAUAAAAUGUAAAUAAAUACAGAAUGCAAUGAUUUGCAAAUCAUU